UUUGACUGGCACUGAAGGAGCGGGGGGGUAUUUUUCCCCCUCAUUUUUUAGUUUUUUGUCAUUAUUCUUUUUCUCUAGGAAAUCAUUAACUGGGGGGGGGGUUGGUUUCUUUUUUCCCUCCCCCCCUUUUUUUGGAGGGGGAUUUCAGAAGAUCCAUCUUUCUUUCCCCUCCCCUCCAAAGAUUUUUUUUUCAUCCUUCGUCUUUGUGGAAAUGUGGACAUUUCAGGCAGACAGAUUGAGUGGAAUUGUCUCUGCUUUAGCAGCUCUUUGUCUCGCCUGCUGUGCGCAAAGCCCCUCCACUGGAAAUAUUUCUGUGGUGAAAGAGAUUGUGGACAAACUGCUCAAGGGCUAUGACGUCCGCCUCAGGCCCGACUUUGGAGGUAACCCUGUCACAGUGGGAAUGAGCAUCCACAUCUCCAGCAUUGACCAGAUCUCUGAAGUCAACAUGGAUUACACCAUCACCAUGUACUUCCAGCAGAGCUGGCGGGACAAACGCCUGGCCUACAACGACCUUCCUCUCAACCUGACCCUGGACAACCGGGUGGCUGACCAGCUGUGGCUGCCUGACACCUACUUCCUGAACGACAAGAAGUCCUUUCUUCACGGGGUGACGGUGAAGAACCGCAUGAUCCGGCUCCAUCCUGACGGCACCGUCCUCUACGGCCUCAGGAUCACCACCACGGCUGCCUGCAUGAUGGACCUGCGGAGGUACCCGCUGGACCAGCAGAACUGCACGCUGGAGAUCGAGAGCUAUGGUUACACGGUGGAUGACAUUGUCUUCUUCUGGCAAGGGAAUGACUCUGCUGUCACGGGGAUGGAGGUGCUGGAGCUGCCCCAGUUCACCAUCAUCGAGCAGAGGCUGGUCAGCAGGGAAGUGGUCUUCACCACUGGUUCGUAUCUGCGCUUAUCCUUGAGUUUCAGGAUUAAGAGGAACAUUGGUUACUUCAUCCUGCAGACCUACAUGCCAUCCAUCCUCAUCACCAUCCUGUCCUGGGUCUCCUUCUGGAUCAACUAUGAUGCUUCUGCUGCACGAGUGGCACUGGGGGUCACCACGGUGCUUACCAUGACAACCAUCAACACCCACCUGCGGGAGACUCUCCCCAAGAUCCCCUACGUCAAGGCUAUUGAUGUUUAUCUCAUGGGCUGCUUCGUCUUCGUGUUCCUGGCCCUCCUGGAAUAUGCUUUUGUCAACUACAUAUUCUUCGGGCGAGGGCCGCGGCAGCAGAAGAAGCAAAGCGAGCGCGUCAGCAAGGCCAACAACGAGCGCCACCGCUACGAGGAGAAGAGGGUGAGAGAGCAGGUCGACCCUUACGGUAACAUCCUCCUCAGCACGCUGGAGAUGAACAACGAGCUGCUGGCCACGGACAUGAUGAGCAGCGUGGGCGACUCUCGAAACUCUGUCAUGUCCUUCGAAGGCUCAGGAAUCCAGUUCCGCAAGCCGCUGGCCUCUCGGGAUGGCUUUGGCCACCACCCGACCCUGGACCGCCACGUCCCGCUGACCCACCACGCCGCCGCCCGCAACCGCGCCAACUGCCGCCUGCGCCGGCGGUCGUCCAAGCUGAAGCUCAAAAUCCCAGACCUGACAGACGUCAGCACCAUUGACAAGUGGUCACGGAUCAUUUUUCCAAUCACUUUUGGAUUCUUCAACCUUGUUUACUGGUUGUACUAUGUAAAUUGAUGCCUGCGGCCUCCGAGAGAGAUAAUAGGGACAGACACUCAGACAAUGACAACACAGGAGUGUUGUGGUCUUUUGGGUUUGGGUUUUACUCUUUACUAUCAUUGUCAUUUAUUCCUAUGGUUCAUUAGAUUUAUUCUAAGCUUACUCUUCUCUUUUCAGCACAUGUAGAACCACGGAGUGUGGGGUGGGGUAAAGGGAGAGAAAGGUACGGGAGGGGGUUUGGUUUCAGGGAGGGAUGUGUUUGUCUUGAUUUUGGUUUCCUGAUGAAGGACUUACACCAUUGUAAA